CUGUCCGCUCUGCCUCUCUGCACUGCUCUUGCUGCGGUUCAGUUAUCGUUCGACGGCCGAGCAAAGAGCAUGUUCUGACAGCGAGUCCCGCCAACCGCUUGUCACGGCUUCUGUUCUCCCAAUUCCCACGACGAACGAUGAAAGAAGCAGAGCAAGUUAUUGAAGAGAACAAGACCUGCGGUAAAAUCUUGACGGUCUUGUCAUGGGUGGUGGUCAUUUUGACUAUGCCAUUUUCGUUGCUGGUUUGCUUUAAGGUCGUACAAGAGUAUGAAAGAGCUGUCAUCUUUCGCUUGGGUCGGCUAUUGUCAGGAGGCGCCAAGGGUCCCGGAAUUUUCUUUAUCCUACCCUGUAUUGAUGCCUAUGCUCGUGUUGAUCUGCGUACGAGGACCUAUGAUAUUCCACCCCAAGAAGUACUCACCAAGGACAGUGUAACCGUCUCAGUCGACGCUGUAGUCUACUACAGAGUGUCCAACGCUACGGUGUCCAUUGCCAACGUGGAAAACGCCCACCAUUCGACCAGAUUGCUUGCUCAGACCACCCUGCGUAACAUCAUGGGCCAGCGUCCCUUGCACGAGAUCCUCAGCGAGAGGGAGAGCAUUUCUCAGCACAUGAAGGCCCUGUUGGAUGAGGCGACCGACUCGUGGGGUAUUAAUGUGGAACGAGUUGAAAUAAAAGACGUCCGUUUGCCAGUCCAACUACAGCGAGCCAUGGCCGCCGAAGCCGAAGCCGCCCGAGAGGCCCGAGCCAAGGUCAUCGCAGCCGAAGGUGAACAAAAGGCCUCGCGCGCACUUCGGGAAGCUUCGGAAGUCAUCGGCGACUCUCCCGCUGCCCUACAGCUACGUUACUUGCAGACGUUGAACACAAUCUCCACCGAAAAGAAUUCUACAAUCGUUUUCCCCCUGCCCAUCGAUAUUCUGUCAUAUUUUAUGAAGCAUAUGGAACAGAAGCAGUAAAAAUAUUAGUAAUGUGACACGGCUCUUAUGUAUAAUUUAUCUGUUCAACGAUAUAAAAGACUUUUUCUUUGAUAAAACAAUUCGAAAGGAGAAUAAAAGCAGAAAAUUCAAAUACGUUUUUUCGUAAAUUUUAUGAUGAGGAUAAAUAUAUGGCCCUCAAGCAUUUUAUAUUGAAAAAAAAUAAUAUAUGAAAGAAUACGUUUCUUGAAUUUGAAAAUUUUUACUGGGACAAAUUUAUAAACGUAUUUGAAUUUAAUCGCUUUGUCGUUGCAGUACAUACAGCUGUUUGUAUUUAACUUUGUAAUUACUUUUAGAGAAAGAAAAACUAUUUUAUAUAAAAUUGAAUAUCAUUUAAUGGUUAUAUUAUAUUAUCGAACCAUGAGACACAAUAUGCUUUAUUAACAAAUUGAUAUUACUAUAUUAUACAAUAUACAUGCUAGGCAUAGCAUCUAAGACUAUUUUUUAGAAUCCAAACUUUUAUAAUUAUGUUGUCAUAACCUGUUAUUAAUAUUGCCUUUUAUUUGAAAAUGACAAUGAAUUUUAAUUAGAUAUCAUAAUUUAAUGAUUUAUGAUUCACUUUUCUUUCUUAAAAUUAUUUCUGUGUAUUCUCUUCGGCGAGGAGUACAAACAUCUUAAGAAGUUUGCUUAUUAAACCACACAAUAAUGCAAAAAAUAAAGCACAAAUAGUAUUAAAACAUAUUUUUUCCAUAGCAACUGUUAAAAUUGCCUUAUAUCUAAUAAAAAUAGU